AUGGCAUUUAUACUAUUAAGCAAAAAAACAGUUAUAAGAACGGUAAUUGUCGGUUGGUUGUUAUGUCUUUGGGUAUUCUAUCGCGUGAGUAAACGAAUUGAUAUUGAUAUUUACGACAAUAAUGUGGUUGAGUCAUUAUACACUAAGGUCGGCAGACAUGAAGAAUUGAAGAACAUUAAACUUCAUUCAUCGGUGUAUGAUACAAUCAUAGAGCAAGAAGGAUUAGGAAGAGCAUUAAACGACCAUUCGUUUAAACAAAGGUGCAAUUUGUACGUGAAUACACUUAUGAAGAACGAAUCGAACUUUAUAGGUCCACAUCUGCAUUUUGGAUUCAACAGGGCCGACUACAAUACGGAGGACCUGUCGGACGCUUGGAAAGUGAUUCGAAAAGAGGAACAAACAUUGCAUGAUUAUUUGACCCAUUUGAAAAUAUACAACAAAUGUUAUAUCGACGCUCCGGAAGAUGCCAAAUUUAUCAAAGAACAAAGGAAACUUAUGUCUCGUAAGAGCCCAAUAGACUUUGGUAUGUCUGAUAUGUUACAGUAUACAUGCGGCGAAGUAGAAGCAAGAUUGUACCCUUGGCUCAGCUUCGAAAUGCCUGUUUAUAUGAAAUGGGAUGGCGCAACUACACGGUUCCCCAAGAAGCAGAACAAAUUGAUGGAUCGGUUUACCAGACCAUGCUUUUUAUCCAAUUUCAAAGAUAAUCUCAAGGGGCGGGGGAUUGUUUUGACAAUAGCUGAUAGCCAUUUAGAGUUGACCAUAAGACUCGUCCAAUUGUUGAGAGCGUUGGAAAACACAUUACCAAUCGAAAUUAUUUACUACAAAAAUUUAUCGGAGGACUCAAGAAACAAGUUGAUCGAGGCAUGUAGACGUGAAUACAAGUUAAAAAAUUCGCUUCUACCACCUCAGGAUAUUUCGUUUAUUGAUGUUUCUACUGCUGUCAAGCCCAAAUAUAUUGAAAAGUUUGGUAAUUUUGGAAAUAAGAUAUUGGCAACUCUCUUCAACUCGUUCGAAGAAAUGAUCUUGUUGGAUGCCGACACAGUGGUUUUGGAGAAACCUGAAUUUUUCUUUGGAUUACGCAAAUACCAAAAGGCCGGAACAAUGUUCUAUAAAGAUAGACUUGCUGUCGAAUACAGACCAAAAAGCGAUGUAAUGUUCUUCAAGAAAAUGAUGCCAUCAUUAAUGGAUUCGUUAUUUUUCAAUAUCCCUCAGACUACUGGAUAUACUUUAGAUAGAAAAUUUUUCCAAGGUUUGAACCAUUAUAUGGAAAGUGGUCUAGUAGUUAUCAAUCGUAAAAGACACUUUAGUCAAGCUUUGAUUAUGUCUCAGUUAAUCUUUCAUUUACCAAUACAAGCUAGAGUCUAUGGGGAUAAAGAGCUAUUUUGGCUAGCAUUUGUGGUUUCAGGUAAUGAAAACUAUGCCUUCAACGAUCACUUCCUGGCAGCCAUUGGAUAUGUGACUCCAAACAUUGAAAGACUGCCAUCUAAAUAUGGUGCUAUGGAAGUUUGUUCAAAUCAUCCUGGUCAUAUAAACGAUGAAGAUAAUCAUAGUUUGCUCUGGUUUAAUUCCGGAUUCCGUCAUUGUGGACAAAACAAUAAAAUUGAUUUCCAAAAGGAAUUCGAAAUAGGAAAACGCUAUACACAUUUAAAGACUGUUUUAGAAUUCGAAGCGUUUUUCAAGAAUAGAUUGGUGCUUCGAGAUGCUGUUAUCCCACCUCAUGUUGUUCUAGAAGCCGAUAACCUUGAAGGAGAGCCAAGCAGAUCUUGGAUAAGCUUGAGCGACUACUGUGCCGGAUACACUUGGUGUGGUUAUUCGAAAAUUGGUGGAUUAUACGAUAGGGAUAACAAGAAAUACAACAUUCAAGAUGGCAUCCUCAUUCACUUUGCCGACCGUGAAGUUAAGAAAUUCGAUCUAUUGGGUGACGCAUGGACCAAUAGUGAAUUUUUAUCAUAG